CCCCCCGCCCGUCGCCACCGCCGCCAUGGAGCCGGCCGAGGCGGAGUUCCUGGCCGAGAAGGAGCUGGUGACGAUCGUGCCCAACUUCAGCCUCGACCGGAUCCACCUCAUCGGGGGAGAUUUGGGUCCUUUCAAUCCUGGCUUGCCGGUGGAAGUGCCUGUCUGGUUGGCCAUUAAUCUGAAGCAGAGGCAGAAGUGUCGGCUGAUUCCUCCGGAAUGGAUGGACGUCGAAAAACUGGAGGAAAUCCGGGACCAGGAACGUAAAGAGGACACCUUCACUCCGAUGCCCAGUCCCUAUUACAUGGAACUCACAAAGCUGCUGUUAAACUACGCCUCAGACAACAUCCCCAAAGCCGAUGAGAUUCGAACGCUGGUGAAGGAUACCUGGGACACCCGGAUAGCCAAGCUGCGGCUGUCUGCGGACAGCUUCGUCAGGCAGCAGGAGGCUCACGCCAAGCUGGACAACUUAACCUUGAUGGAGAUCAACACAACCGGGACUUUCCUUACUCAAGCCUUAGAUCACAUGUACAAGCUCCGGACUAACCUUCAGCCUGGCGAGAGUGCCCGCUCCCAGGAUUUUUGAGGUACUAGCCAGGCCAGCCCUCAAACCUCCCAGGAGAGGGCGGUGGAAGGGAGCAGGCUCUGUUCCUCGCCCCCAGACCUUCAUCUGGCCAGCCUCCACCUCCCUGCACAGAUCUCCCGAAGCCACCCAAGCCUCCUCUCCCCUCAGUUGUGUGCAACCCCUCCUCGGCAGCAGCUGCACGCAGGCAGGGGAGAGAGCAGGCAGGGGAGAGAGCAGGCAGGGGAGAGAGCAGGCAGCCUCACAGCCGGAUGGGAAUCGCUCCAGAGCUGCCGAUGGCACGGGAGCAUCCCUGCACGGUAGUUCCUACGCGCUCCCUCUUUGCAGAGGUGGGCCUCUCUCUUGGGUUCAGAGAUCUGCUCGGUGCAGGUGGUGGCUUGCCAGCGCUAGGCUGCUGCCUAAUGAUGUCAGGCAGAUCUCUCCGCCCUGGAGAGUGUGGGUGUACUUCAUAGAGGGAACUUCUGAGGGCAGCACAGGCCACACACUGGCUUGAAAGCAAUAAAUUUCUAGGCGGUGCUUCGCCAUGAAUUUUCUCAGAGCCUUGG